AUGUUUGGAAAGAAAAAGAAGAAGAUUGAGAUUUCGGGGCCUUCCAACUUUGAACACAGGGUUCACACUGGAUUCGAUCAUAAAGAACAAAAGUUUAUCGGCCUUCCUCAGCAAUGGCACAGUUUGCUCGCAGACACCGCCAAUAGACCCAAGCCUAUGGUGGAUCCAUCCUGUAUUACACCCAUCCAGCUUGCUCCUAUGAAGACUAUUGUGAGAGGCACCAAACCCCAACAGGAUGCUUCCAUCAAUGGCUUACUUGAAGAUUUUGACAACAUCUCUGUAACACGUUCCAACUCACUUCGUAAAGAAAGUCCACCCACCCCUCGCCAGGGACAUUCCAAUCAUUUAAAAGGCUAUCCAGAAGAGAAUGGCUUCAUGACAUAUUCCCAGUAUAUCUGCGAAACAGACAUUCCAAGAAGCAGUAUCUCUGAAAGGUACAAGGAAAGAAGCCUUAGUGCAGAGGAAGCAGAAACAUAUUACAGAGCAAACAAGCCUACAAGACACAAUGGGCAUCCGGUUAAAAUGCGAUCUUAUGAAACAUACUUUCCUGAAGUCAAAUCUGUGAAACCAGAUAUGUUUAGUUACCUGUCAGAGUACCACCCUCAACUAGAAGCAAAAAGUAAAUCUGUUGAUCAGUGUGGAAUAAAAUGGGACUACCACAGGGUCACAGGUGCAGCUCUUCAGGACUACAGGGAUUAUUUUCAACCUUCGAUUACAGGGACAGUAAUGUUAAGUGAGGGCUCUAAAGAAAGACUUGAAUACAGUGAAUGGGGGGAUGGGCUAUCAAAAGAUGAUUAUGAUAAGAGACCGAAGUCCUCCUAUGUGUCUCAAACAAGUCCUCAACCAGCCAUAAGACAAAGGUCAAGGUCAGGAUCUGGCCUUCAAGAACCAGUCAUACCAUAUGGGGCAUGUAUGUUGAAAACAAACCAGCAAGGGCAUUCUUUCAGUUCGUAUACAUAUCCACGUUUAUCCGAAAACGCAGCAUGCAUUCCAAAGGCAGAUUACGUUCAAGCACAGACAACCAUGAGCCCUCCAUUGACUGGAUCUGACACAUACCCUCGAGGUCCCACAAAGCUACCUCAGUCUCAGAAUAAAUCCAAUUACCCUUCAAGUAGUUAUCAGUAUCAAUCUCUUUACCAUACGCCAUCUCCCUACCAUCAACCGCCUCUUCAUUCUAGCCCCCAUUUUAUGUCCUCAUCGUCUUAUCCAAGCUCUCCAAGUACAUCACCCAGUAUUUAUCCUCCCCCCAGCUGGGGUUCAUCCUCAGAUCAACAGCCAUCCAGAGUGUCCCACGAACAAUUUCGAGCUGCUCUGCAGCUGGUGGUCAGUCCUGGGGAUCCAAGAGAAUAUUUGGAUGACUUCAUGAAAAUUGGAGAGGGUUCCACAGGAAUAGUUUGCAUAGCUACUGAAAAACACACUGGAAAGCAAGUUGCGGUGAAAAAAAUGGAUCUCAGGAAACAACAAAGAAGAGAACUUCUUUUCAAUGAGGUUGUGAUAAUGAGGGAUUAUCAUCAUGAGAAUGUUGUGGAUAUGUAUAAUAGCUAUUUGGUUGGUGACGAACUGUGGGUCGUUAUGGAAUUCCUUGAAGGUGGAGCAUUGACGGACAUUGUAACACAUACAAGAAUGAAUGAAGAACAAAUAGCGACAGUGUGUUUAUCAGUUCUGAAAGCCUUGUCGUACCUGCACAAUCAGGGAGUUAUUCACAGGGAUAUCAAAAGUGACUCCAUAUUGCUCACCAGUGAUGGAAGGAUAAAACUGUCUGAUUUUGGAUUCUGUGCACAAGUUUCAAAGGAGGUUCCCAAAAGGAAGUCAUUGGUUGGAACCCCAUAUUGGAUGGCUCCUGAGGUUAUAUCAAGACUCCCUUAUGGAACUGAGGUGGACAUUUGGUCACUUGGUAUAAUGGUAAUAGAAAUGAUAGAUGGAGAGCCUCCAUAUUUCAAUGAGCCGCCAUUGCAGGCAAUGCGCCGGAUACGAGAUAACUUGCCUCCACGAGUAAAAGACGUGCAUCAGGUUUCUUCAGUACUUCGUGGAUUUUUAGAUUUGAUGUUGGUGAGAGAACCUUCCCAGAGAGCAACAGCACAAGAACUCUUAAGACAUCCAUUCUUGAAACUCUCAGGACCCCCUUCAUGUAUCAUACCACUAAUGAGGCAAUACAGACACCACUGA